CGAUGCUGUAACCCGCCUUGCCCCGCCCUGCCCCACUAGCCGGCACACUGCCGGUCCGCGGACCCCCUAGUGUCCAGGACUUUUCGGACCCCUCAGCCUUGGUUCCUGGAUGCCCCAAAGACAGCAUCAAUUUGAGCCUGGCCUGAGCCAGGGUCAUGUGGCUACGAGAGCGUCCGGUCCUUACCCUGCUACUGCUACUACUGCUACCGUUCCCUGCCCGAACCCUGGAGCCCUCUGCUCAGGAUGUCAGUCUGAGCGUGGACUGGCUCACUCGCUAUGGCUACCUGCCUCCACCCCACCCUGCUCAGGCCCAGUUGCAGAGCCCAGAACAGCUCCGGGACGCAAUCAAAAUCAUGCAGAGGUUUGCUGGGUUGAAGGAAACCGGCCUCAUGGAUCAGGCCACGUUGGCCACUAUGAAGAAGCCACGAUGUUCUUUGCCUGAUGUUCUGGGAGUGGCUGGGUUGGUAAGAAGGAGGCGAUAUGCCCUUACAGGCAGCUUCUGGAAGAAGAAGCAGCUGUUCUGGAGGGUUCGUUCCUUCCCACAAGGCUCUGCCCUCAACAAGGAUACUGUUCGAAGCCUGAUGCACUAUGCUCUGAAUGCCUGGGGAACUGAGGUGGGGAUGACAUUCCAGGAGGCUGAACCCAGGGCAGGAACAGAGCCGGAGCUCCUCAUCGACUUUGCUCGCGCCUAUCACAAGGACAGCUACCCCUUUGAUGGGCCUGGGGGCACGUUGGCCCAUGCCUUCUUCCCUGGGGACCACCCCAUCUCUGGGGAUACCCACUUUGAUGAUGAGGAAGUUUGGACCUUUGGGGCAAGUGAUGGUGGUGGGACAGACCUGUUUGCUGUAGCUGUCCAUGAGUUUGGCCAUGCCUUGGGCUUGGCCCACUCCUCUGCCCCCAACUCCAUCAUGCGACCUUUCUACCAGGGUCCAGCUGGGGACCCCUCAAAGUAUCGACUUCCACCUGAUGACCGAGAAGGGAUACAGCAGCUUUAUGGAAAGGCUCCAAACAGUCCCCACCCAGAGCCAACUCAGAAACCCCUGGUUCCUCCACCCCAACCCCCUGAACAGCCUCCAGAUAGCCCUUCGGUCCCAGUUCCAGACCGAUGUUCUGGUAAUUUUGAUGCUAUCGCCAACAUCCGUGGUGAAGUCUUCUUCUUUAAAGGACCCUGGUUCUGGCGCCUUCAGCCCUCAGGCCAGCUGGUGUCUCCUCGACCUGCAAAGCUGCACCGAUUUUGGGAAGGGCUGCCUGAACACGUGUCAACCGUGGAUGCAGCUUAUUCUCGGCCUUCGGAUGGACGUAUCCUGCUUUUCAGCGGACAGAAGUUCUGGGUGUUUCAGGACCGGCAGCUGGAGCCUGGCUCCCCAAAGCUGCUAACUGAACUGGGCCUUCCCCCUGGAGAAGUUGUGGAUGCUGUUUUCUCUUGGCCCCAGAAUGGGAAGACUUACCUGAUUCGAGGUGAACAGUAUUGGCGUUUUGAUGAGUCCAUCCACAGAGUUGACCCAGGUUACCCCAAGAGUCUGAGCCUAUGGGAGGGAGCACCUUCAGCACCUGAUGAUGUAACUAUUGGCAACAAAGGUGAUACCUACUUCUUCAAGGGUACCGAGUACUGGAGAUUUGCUCCAGGGAGUGUGAUAGCAGAGCCCGACUCCCCCCACCCUAUGGGGCCUGAGUGGUUGGACUGCCCUCCUUCUGCCCCAAGUCCUCGGAUCCCAAGGCCUUCCAAGUCUCCCCCAAACUGUCAGUGUGAGAUCAACCAGGCAGGGAGUUUAGGUCCAAGCCUUCCUGGCUUUCUCAUCAUCUUCUCUGUGAUUCUCUCUCUCUUCCUGGGCACAAGCACCUAGUCCUAAGAAGUGGCCAGUAACUAACUCCACCCUCUAUUUUCCCCUCCUCUUCCCUCUUCCUCUAGGGAUAAGUCCUAUGUCUGUCCUCCUUUUUUACUGCCCUUUGAAAAUACUCAGGUGUCUGCAACUCAUGCAGGCAAGUCAUGUCUCCUUACUGGGUCUCAUUUUCUCCAUUUGAAAAAAUUGAUUUAAUGGCCUCUAAGGUGUCUCCUAGUUCUAAAACUAGGAUCACAUGAAUAGGGGAACUUCUGGUAUUAGGCUAUUAGAAGCUACCCUAAUGAAACUAUAAUCAUGUCUACUUUCCAUGCAAGUAACAUAACCAAAUUAAAGUAGAAUAAAAGUAUUGUUUCCAAUAUCAAUUUGAAUAUAUAUAGAAAAACUUGUAAAUAUGACAAUACAUCACAAAUUAACAAAAGCGAAAUUAACAGUGGGAAAUCAUUUAACACAGUUGAAAGAAAAAACAAUUGAAGAGAAUUUCAUUUAAGAAUAAAAACUGAGAGAUUUUUUAAAGUUUGUUCUUAUCUGAAAGAUUCAUGGCCUAGUGUAUCAAUUAUAAACAUCCCAGGAAUCUUUAUGUUCUCUCUGUCAAAUUAACAUUAGGAAAUAAGCCAAAAAAUAUAUACAAGAAGCACAUUCAAUACUUCAAGAAGUUAGAACCCCUAAAAGCUACCUGUUAAUUUAUAAGCUAACUACAUUGCCAUCAACAUUCAAAAGUUCAAAGUCCUUUUUCCAUUUAAUUUACUUUAAAAGAAAAUAGCAGAUUAAAUAACUAAGCAAAAUCCAGCUGAAUUAUUUUUGAAAUUUGCAAUUGAAUAGGCAACAUAUAUGUGUAUAUAUAUUACAUGUAUGUUUGUUACAGAAAUACUCGACUCUGAAAAACCUCAGUAUUAAAUGUAUCAUAAAAGUUCAGUUUUUUUUUUUUUUAACUAGAAUGAACUUACAACAAUGUAAAACCUAAGUUCUAUUAUAUCUAAAAAGCUAAAUCGUCAACGGGCAUCCAAGCACUUUGAAAUUGAUUUAGUCCCAUUUUUAAAAGAUUUUAAAAGAUUCUAAAAUUAUGGCUACAUGCUUUAGAUUUUCCCAAUGCAGUUCUCUCUUGUUUAGGAGUUUAGUUCUCCACUUCUUGCCUCCUACCUUCCCUCAGUUCUUGCUUGCACAUUCUAUGAUUCUGGCCAUAAAGGAUCAGAUUGAGUAUCAGAUUUUGAUACUCCAUAGCUCUGCCCAUAGCUCUGACUCUGGGAAAAUUCCUUACCUUCUUGGGGAAACCAGAGUCAUCAUCUGGAAAGUGAGAAGAAUGGAUCUGAUGAUGACAUUGAAGGCCUUACUGGGCCCAGCCCAGGAGGAGUCCAUAAAGGAUCAAAAGGUCCCCACUCUUUCUCAGUGGGGAUCUCAGAGGGUCUGAGAGGCUGCCAUUCCCAGGAAGAGAGCAGAAUCCCUGACUAUCUACUCCGCCCUCCUGCAAUCUGCCAAAGUGGGGGGCCUUCUGGCACGGUGAUCCCAGGGGUUAGGAAUAUUGAAGAGAUACAAGUAAAGCUUGCCUCUCUCCCAGGCUUUGGUUCCUGUUCUUGGCUCAGAGAAAGGACUGGAUUUUACAGAGCCCCCAGCAGCAAGACUGAAAGGAGAGAAGAGCAAGGCUAUAAGUGCAGUGGAUCCCUCCUUGGAGGGAUGGGGCCAGGUUACAGACAUUUGAAGCCUGAAAGGAGGGUUUUCUUCCAGUUCCCCUGAAAAAUCCUGCCUCUCAGCAGUGCCCGAAAAUCUUCCAAGUCAAAGCUUCAAGACGCCCCAGCCUCCAUCUGGUUUCUUGAAAUCCUUAGGAAACAAUGAGGAGAUCGGGGGACUCCACCUCAGACUUUGAAUCCCACCUCAGCCUUGCUGACUGCCCUUGAGCUUCCUUCUCUCAGGUUUCCCCCUCUCCCUAACCUAAGGGCUUGUAGACCCCCAAGGGUGCCCCAAAGGGGCCUGCAUAUGAAUUUUAGGUGUUCUAUGAACUUGUAUGGAAAACAAUAUAUUUUUUUUUUUUUUGGAAAACAAUAUAUAUCUUUAUUU